AUGCGCGUGCACAUGCAUCCGAGAGCUCUCUCGAUAGAAGCCUUGAUCAUGCAAGCAAGAACGAUAAGGUACAACGUCAUCGGCUUGCCUAAACGAGACGACGACACUCAUUCAACGCCGUCUAUGACACUGGAGAAGAACUGUUCCUCGGAAUAUGCGACAGUUGAGGAGUCGGCGGCGUCGGCGUUCUCGUCAAGACGAGUUUGUCCAUGA